CUGUCCUUGACACAACUCCCAUGUACACAUAGAUUUAUCAAAUGUCGUCCAAUUAAGUUUGGAGUCAACGAUAAAUAACAUACGUUUCCUAAAAUGAGAAGAAAGAACGUUCGCUUGUCAUGGCAUAGUAGUGAGUUUAGUUCCUUUCUCCGAGCAACAUGAAUGAAGCAAUGUUACGUCAACUGCUCUGGAUAGGCAUUAUUGUCGCCUCGGCCAGUUCCACGACAGGUUACGUUGCACACCCCGAUUUCGACCAAUGCGAUCGACCUCAGUGCCAUGUCGUUGAUGACAUUUUCAUGCGGAACAUAAGGCCCCAUGUCGAGCCGUGCCAAGACUUUUUCGGAUACUCUUGCGGAAGAAAUGAUUCUCGUCGCUUGUCGUACUUAUCGUUCAUAUCGAACGAAGCUUACAACGCGGAUGAAUCGACGAUUCAAGACUUGGAGGAGAUACUCGUGAGCCUGGACGAACAGGAUCGUACGAUAGAUGCUUUGAAAAUUGAGAAAGAAAUUUACCAAAAGUGUCACGAUGUGGGAGUGUACACGGAAGAGGCGAAAGAACAGUACAAGAAACUGUUGAGGAAAAAUAUUGGCCAACUUGAUCAAAACGAGCAGUGGUGGAACGUGGACAAAAAAUACGCAAUGGAAGGCCUUGGAUUUGCCUUUUUCGACAUCGACAUCGUCCAGCGUGAAAGCACUUACAACAGAGAACCAAAGCGCUACAUUCUAAUUAGUCCACCGACGGAUAGUGUCAUCGAUAUGAACGACUUGCUGAUGUCGAGAUACAUGGACAAACUACGAUACAACCCGAACAGAGAUUCGUACUCUAGCUACAGCACGAAUGUUAAUAUCGAUAAUAGUAACGAUUACGCCACUGAAAGUAAGAACUUGGAGCUGAAAAAGUUUAUAAAUGAGUUCAACAAGAUUUUGCCCUACGAAAAGUUUGACGACGUACUGUUCAGAGACGACAUUUCACCCAAACCAAUAACACUAUUAGAGUGGCAAAGAAAGUGGAGUGAAGUUGCUUUGCAUCACGCGCAUUGCAAACUAAACUGGCGAAACAUACUCGACAGUUUGUUCAGCAAAAUAGACCGACGAAUAUACGAAGACGAGCAGAUCAUAUUGGUCGACGAACAAUACUUCUACCGAUUGAUCGAACUUCUUCGGCAAUCGUCUAGCAUGAAUACAAUUGUGGAUUACAUAAAUUUGAGAUUCGUUUCCAAGACGAUUGGGUCGGUCGUCGAGGAGUACAAAGAAAAGUACUCGAUCGUACCUCCGAUAAAAGGGCUAAUUUGUACGCCGGGUUUACUGGUUGGCGCUGCCCACGUUUACGCGAAACAAUUUUUCCCGCGCGAUAACAAGGAAACCGUGGAGGGAAUAUUCAGCGCAGUCAAGGCGGUAAUCGAAAAGCAGUUGGGGAGCGACAAUUACAAUGUGCAAGCGACGUCGGAUGCGACGAAAAAUUUCCUGAGGCAACUGAGCAGCUCCAACGUGCUGAUCGGCUAUCCCGAUUGGCUGUACAGCGAGAGAUUCGUUAAGAACUUUUACGGAAGUCGCAUUGCCAUCAGCGAAAUAUACUACGUCAAUCAGUUGAGGCUGAUGGAAGUCUUGUUGAAGCACAAGUUGAGAGCUUACAUGGACAUGAAUUUGUCACUAACCGACAUGAAACUCUUUUUCAAAUCGUUUACGGACGAAAGAAUCAGUUUUUCCAAGUAUCUCAAUCAAAUCAUUUUACCGGUAAGAGCUUUCAGCGAGAACAACUUUAAAUUUUUGAGCACGCAGCUGUACGAGCCAAUUAAUUAUGGAGCCGCUGGGACGGUAAUCGCUUCGGAACUGUACUCGGUGUGGUUGAGAAGGAUUGCGUACGAUCAAAAUGCGACACAGUGUGUCCGACAUCAGCUGCCGGCGCAUACCGAUGAAAUCGGGACAAACGAAUACCUUUUGAAAGCAGUUGCACACCUACUCGGCUUGAAAGCUGCAUUUGAGGCUUGGCCGUCGAAAGACUCUUACCCGAUCCAGUUCCCGAAAUUCGGCGCAGUCACGGAUUACCGGCUCUUCUUUCAUUCGUUUGCCGAGUCACUUUGUGUUGCUAAAGAACAUAAAGGCGAGCUGUUCCAACCCUACGAGUUUAUAAACUUUGCGGUGUCGAACAUGGCAGAGUUUUCGGAGGCCUUCAAGUGUUACAAGAAUCACAGGAUGAAUAGGCACACAAAGUGCGAUCCAUUGAAAUAUUGAUCAUUGUAAUUUGUAUUUUGUAUUUAUAUUUAUAUAAGUUUACCACAUCUUGCGAGUGUAUUAACUCGAGAUCGUACCUAUGCAUGUGAAGCCGUGUACUAUAUACAUACUGAUGGGUAUCUCAAUAUCAUUUUUGUAACUUAUUGCAUCGCUCCAGCCAAUACCUAAAUCUAAGGAAAAUUUUAAUACAUUAAUUUUACUUGUAACAUUAUGAUCUAAGUCACGAAUGUUUUUGUAGAAAUCUUACUUUUAUGUAAUUAUUUAAAUAUACUCUUAAACAAAUGU